AUGCUUCUUGCUCGUGAAGCUAAGCUGGAGAAAUUGAAGAAAGCGGUACUCUCUGAACCUCUCCCGGUCAAUGUAGCUCAGGUUCCACCAAUUUCACCUGUUGAUUCUACUGGAUCUAGUUCUGCUGCACCUCAUCUGUUAGGUGGAGACUUCCAUGGUGGUCGUGGUGGCCGGAGUGGUGGCCGUAGAGGCCGUGGUGGUGGUAGAAGUGGUGGAAGAUCCAAUGUUCAGCGUCAGAUCUGUGAGAAAUUUGGUCAUGAUGCGCGUAUCUGUUACCAUCGCAACUCUGCCGUUGUUCAACCACCAUGGCAGGUGGCUCCGGCUCGUCCUCCAAGUGGGAAUCAGUGGCUCAAUCCUUGGCACAGUGCUCAACCACAUCCAUCUGCUUAUCCACCACCUGGUUUUCUCCCUUCCGCUCGUCCUGUUUCUUCAGGAGCUAGGCAAACCUCAAGCCUAUCUCACUGGAUCUGAUGCACAAACCUCACAAGCUUCUCAGCUAUGGUACCCUGACUCUGGCGCUACACACCAUGUCACCAACAACUCUGAGAAUCUUCUGGACAGUAUCUCUCUUUCAGGAUCAGAUCAAGUUCUAUUAGGCAACGGCCAAGGCCAAUUCUGAAGUGCUUUUGCAAGGAAAGCUGGGCAAGGAUGGCCUCUAUGUCUUGGAUUCUAGCAUCUCUACUGCACCACAAGUCAACUCUAUAGCUAUAAGUCCUAAUACUUCUUUUAAUUCUACUGCAAA